UAGCCAUGACUGAUACCCCAUAAAUCCCCGCGUUCGGCGGCGGGCCUCGUUCAGUGGUUUUUAGUGCAAACCAUUUUAUGAGAGUGGUUGCGUUUUAUAUCUCGAGGAUAUCGGUGGACAUCUUGCCCCGACCUUGAGACCCGGCAGGGCUGCGCUAAAUUCCUGCAGAGGCACGUGUUGUGGAGUGACAGCGCCAGCUGCCUGUGGCAUGACACGCACGGGGGCCGGCUGUGGGCACCGCAGCCAUUCGGAGAUGUGUCCUGCACGGGUGCCUUUUCUUUCAGCGGUCCGCCAUGUCCCGUAAACGUUUCUAAGGAUUCCAGCUUAUGCCUGGGACUUCCUAUAGCCCCCAGCAGGUCUCCCCUGCAGGAAGCAGGAGAUCCUUUCCUCCGUCCGCCAGUGAACGGGACACCAAAGCGGAUGAUUUUUAUGAGGCAUCUCAUAACAGACAUGGGCCAGGACCAAACCAAGCAGCAGAUUGAAAAGGGCCUGCACCUUUACCAGUCCAAUCAGACAGAAAAGGCCUUGAACAUUUGGAUGAACGUGCUGGAGAAAACGUCAGACCCUGAAGGCAAAUUCCGGGUACUGGGGUGCCUCAUCACUGCCCACUCUGAGAUGGGGAAGUACAAAGAGAUGUUGAAGUACGCCCUAGCUCAGAUCGACACAGCCCGGGAGAUGGAGGAUCCAGACUACCUGACAGAAGGCUACUUGAACCUUGCACGAAGUAACGAGAAGCUGUGCGACUUCCAGAAAACCAUCUCCUACUGCAAAACCUGCCUGAACAUGCAGGGGAAUGUUCUCACCAUAAUCCUCACCAGGAAAAGCUGA